CCAGAGUCUGGGAGGGGUCUGCACGGAGCUGGAGAGAGAAGCUGCCCGGUGCUCUGUCAGAAAACCGUCUCCCUUCUACGAGAUCACGAGACCCCUGCGUGGAGCGCCUCCCUAUACUGUAGCAUGGUGCAGGGGAGCCGAACAAUAGCGCCUCCUCGUCCAUAGGGAGCCGCCCUGAGGACCAUGUAUACCUUCGUGGUGAGGGACGAGAACAGCACCGUGUAUGCCGAAGUGGCCAAGAUCCUGCUGGCCUCGGGACAAUGGAAGCGGCUGAAGAAGGACAACCCCAGGUUCAACCUCAUGCUGGGGGAGAGGAACAGACUGCCGUUCGGGAGGUUGGGUCAUGAGCCUGGCAUUGUGCAGCUGGUAAAUUACUAUCGUGGAGCAGAUAAGCUUUGUCGUAAGGCUUCCUUGGUAAAAUUAAUUAAAACGAGUCCUGAGCUUUUGGAGUCCUGCACGUGGUUCCCAGAAUCGUAUGUCAUUUACCCAACUAAUCAGAAGUCUCCUGUGGCAAAAGGAAGGAACGGGCUCCAAGAUCUAAUCAACAGCACCCGUACAGACGAGCGUGAAGAGUUUCUAGAAUCAUUUAACGGAAGAAAGGAGAGUGGAAAAGGAAAUGUGUGGAUAGCAAAAUCCUCAUCCGGUGCCAAAGGUUAG